AUGGCGGGGGUGGAGGCGUUGAUCGAUUUUGCUGAUGAGGAUGGGGUGGAGGAUGGCACCUGGAUUGGGGUUAGAGAGAUGGUGGGCGAGUUGGCGGUGCUGUUGCGUGGAGAACUGGGGAUAUCCACUUCAAACGAAAACGGCAAGAGUGUCGAAACAAGACAUGUCGGAGAGAUCCUCACCACAGGAAUUCGCCUCGCCAUCUACGGUCCACCCAACGCCGGCAAGAGCUCCCUCCUCAACAGACUCGCAGAUCGAAACGCCGCCAUCGUCAGCGACAUCCCCGGUACCACGCGCGACGUCCUCCAGGUGCACCUCGAUCUCGCCGGCUACAAGGUCAUCGUCUACGACACCGCCGGUAUCCGCGAUUCUUCCGCGCAGGGUCGAGGUAUAGAUGAGAUCGAACAGAUCGGUAUUCAACGUGCCAAGGAUAGUGUUUCUCGAGCCGAUCUGUCUCUGCUCGUGCUUCCCGCGAACGAGGAUUUCGAGCUGGAAAAGAUGAUCCUUCGUCCAGAAAGUUAUAGCGCUAGCGAUCCAGACCUUAUCUUCUACAACAAAUCCGACCUACUCCCCCACCCUUCUCGACCCUCUCCAUCCAGUCCCAAUCCUUCGCAACUCAGCUGGUCAGGCAGCGUCCGCACGAACCACAACAUCUCCCUGCUCAUCUCAAACCUAUCCACCCUCAUCGCCUCAAAAUACUCUUUACCUCAAACCAACGAAACCCCACUCAUCACCCAAUCCCGCCACAGAACCUUGCUCAGAGAAUGUCUCCACCACAUCGACAACUUUCAAUCUCUAGCAGAGGAACGAGACGUCGAUCUGGUGCUCGCAGCCGAGGAGCUGAGGUACGCAGCCAGGGCCGUCGGCAAGAUCACGGGCAGAGAGGUUAGACCGGAUGAGAUUUUGGGUAGUAUCUUUGCUACGUUUUGCAUCGGCAAGUGA